GAAAACCCUCAGUCUCCCCACAACCGCUGGAAGCACGUUGGCUUCAGCGCGAACAGCGGGGUGGCCUUUUGAUCCGCGUCUCCCUUGUUGUUUAAUCACUCUCUUCUUGACACGACACGAUAUGAUUGUCCGAGGAUGGAAGCAGACGACGUGUCGGUCAGGGAGCAGAUAUUCCACGACCGAGUCCGGGAGAUCAUCAUUUGCAUCCUGCUCUUCGUCUGCCUCUACAUCGUCUCCCACCUUAUCAUCACACACUUCAAGAAGAGCGCGGAGUUUGUGGUGGAUGACAGUGAAGAUGCCAUGGUGAACAGGAUUGCGCUUUGGCUGUGCACCUUCACACUCUCCGUCGCCGUGGGGGCCGUCCUCCUGCUGCCCCUGUCCAUCCUGUCCAAUGAGGUCCUGCUCUCCUUUCCGCACAGCUACUACAUGCAGUGGCUGAACGGCUCCCUCAUCCACGGGCUGUGGAAUCUCGUCUUCCUCUUCUCUAACCUCUCCUUGGUGGUCCUCAUGCCCUUUGCCUACUUCUUCACCGAGUCCGAAGGCUUCGUUGGCUCCAAGAAGGGCGUGAUGGCGCGGGUCUACGAGACGGCUGUGGUGCUGCUUCUGCUCACGCUGCUGGUGCUCGGCAUGGUGUGGGUGGCCACGGCCCUCCUACACCAAGAUGCGGCCCGGGAGAGUCUGUACGACCUGUGGGAGUAUUACCUGCCAUACCUGUAUUCAGGCAUCUCGCUGUGUGGGGUCCUGCUGCUACUCUUGUGCACCCCCUUCGGACUGUCCCGCAUGUUCAGCGUCACUGGAAGCCUACUGGUCAAACCACGACUCCUAGAGGAUGUGGAGGAUACUAUGAACUGUGCUUGGCUGGAAGAGGCCUCUCUCUCCAGAAAGCUCUCCAACAGCCCCAGCUCGACCUGGAUGGCGCUGAAGGUGGAGGCUGUGAGAAAGGAGCUGUUUAGCACCCGCUCUAGGCGUGUCGCUCUGGAAAUGCGACGGCGUGCAUCGCCAUGGCAGCGUAACUUGGGUUACCCUCUGGCCAUGCUGCUGUUGCUGGCUCUCACGGUCGUGUGUGUGCUGAUGGUUAGUUUCCACGUGUUGGAGCUGCUCUUCGACGAGUCUGCCAUGCCCAGAGGAAUGGAGGACCCCCUCCUGGGAGCAGCUUCCUUCUCCAUGUUUGGCUCUCUGGGAGCCACAGUUCAGGCUGUCCUCAUCCUGUAUCUGAUGUUGUCGUCGGUGGUGGGCUUUUAUAGCUCCCCCCUCUUCACGGGACUCCUCCCCCACGCUCAGGACACCACUCUGACGCAGAUCAUCGGGAACUGCGUGUCCCUGCUAGUUCUCAGCUCAGCACUGCCAGUCUUCUCCCGGACUCUGGGAAUCACACGGUUUGACCUGCUGGGGGACUUUGGACGCUAUAACUGGCUAGGAAACUUCUACAUCGUGUUCUUGUACAACAUGCUGUUUGCGGGGCUGACCUCCGCCUCCCUCAUCAAUACAGUAACCUGGGCCGUGCAGAGGGAGCUCAUUCGGGCCUUUGGUCUCCACAAGCUUCAGAAACUGCCCUUGACGGUGUCCCGCUCCACAGUCCCCUUCAAGCUCCUCGUCACCAGCGGAUUGUCCAAGAUCCAGUGAUCCGUCGUGUCGGAGCAUCAUCGAGGCCUCACUGGCAUCUUUCCAGUGGACGAGAGUAGCGGCGGCGGCCCGGUCUGUGAGACUGGCUGUUAACGUGCGCGUCAGCUGCACAAACAGGGACACGUGGUGCCUUGCAGCCGGCACUGUGAGGCCCUGGAGAAGUCAGGGGUGCGUGCGUAUCCACUCCUGCGAGAUCGAGUUUCGAGCUGUCGUGAGAAGACUGCAGCCGUCCGCACCACCCCUCUGUCUGUUUGGGUUCAGCCUGUACUGAAACCCAGAAGCCUAUUCAGCACGAUUCCUGGCAGAGGUGAUUUCUGCCCGUUCAACACUGAGCACAGAAAGGGAAAUUCUGAUUCAAACUCAUCCAGUCUUUUCAGAGAACCACGUCAUGGCUGUGACACGAUUUCCUUUUCCUGGAUCAAGCUGGAUUCUAUUCUUGCUUUGGGAGGAAGGUUAACAUUUAGACACUUCCUGUCUAUGAAGUGGUCUCUCACUCAUUACCCUCAGGCCCCCCCUGUGAAAUAAUUAAUUUAAUUUUUUUUUUUGUAGCCAUGUUUUUAUCCUCUAACCUUUUUCAUCGUGUGAAGCUGGUUUCCUCUCUUUCUGUUCAUAUUGCCAUUGAGACUGAGGAAGAUGACCACAAUGCGGGAAAAAUAUAUUUAUAGGCUUUUGAAAGGAGAGAGAAGCUCAGUGUAACAUGGUCAUGCAGAGAGCUACAUCUAUAUGUAUAUUCCAGUGCACAUUUGAACAUGUAUUAUGGUCAUUGUUGUCUGUGUCUGUACUGUUGCGUUAGUUUUACAUGGGCACUGAUUAAACACAUGUUGCCAUGGUGCAACCACUGGAAAGCCAGUGAUGGGAAAGAGUACUAUUGGCUAUGGGUGGCCAACAGUCCAAGACCAAGUAUAACUAAACUGUUUACUGUUUACUGUUUACUGUGUGUGUGUGUGUGUGUGUGUGUGUGUGUGUGUGUGUGUGUGUGUGUGUGUGUGUGUGUGUGUGUGUGAGAGAGACACACCAAAGUGCAAUAAACUCAGACUAGGUUUGGGGGUUGGGCAGUCCCUGUGAUUGUUAGAUUUAUCUUUGGUUACUGUCCUGAAAUUGAUGGAGACUUCAGUAAUGCAGUGCGUCUCCAGUGUCCUCUGUCCGUGUGCUCAUGCGCAUGAGUGUUGGUUGUGUCAUUGUUUUAGAUGAAUGUUUUUAAUUUAUAUGUUAGUGUGCAGUAAGAUUUUUGUUUUUCCAGGAUGUGGCAUAACCAAAAAGAAACGGGUGUAAACAAGUGUCUUAUUGAAGCCUCCUGAGCUUGAGUUUUAGGGAGGAAUGAGAGGAAAAGGUAAUACUACUUAGACCAAUAUAGCUUGUCAGUCUAUGUGGAUGUUAAUUGCCAGUGUUCUGGCAUUUGAAUUUAUUAGGGUUUAGUCAAAGAGCAAGGAUUCGGCUAGCUGGAAGUCUCUAUAGGAGAAUUGUAAGCCUUGUUUUGCCGAAAGUAUAUAUGACCAUAAUGACUUUUUCAGUUUACAUGCUUUUGAAUGUAUGUUGAAUCUCCUUGCGUCUUUCUCAUCUGCUAUAGAUGUUUUAUGAACAAUAGCGAUGCCAUACUUGCCUUGGACUGAAUCCUCUACCUCUGGUUUCCAGUAGAGGGCAGUAUUUUAUCCACACGUUAGUUUGCUCAAACCUUCAGUAACAUCAACUGUUCACAUCACUAAAUUGGGAUAUCAUUAUAGACAUGCCCUCAUUCCACCCUCAUAAAGAUAAAUGCUAAAAUACAAGUUUAGUUGACUUGCACAAAAGAGGGUUUCUUCUAAUCAGAAAUAAACUGUGAUUAUUCUUACUGUGAUUGAAUUCCUUUCAAGGGACUUUUAUUUGGGUAAGUUUAAUGUAGAAGUGAAUUGAUGUUUUUAGUUACCAUUGAGACUGGAGAUGCUUUUUUUAAUCUUUUUUUUAAAUAAUUAUUUAAAUGCAGUGCAGUUUUGCGACUUUUGAUGUUCCAUUUUUACACGUGAGAAGGUCCUGUAUUGUGAACUGUUUUCCUAUGGGGGAAGAAAUUUACAUUAAAUGUGUUUUUCAGUCUC